AUGCUUGUGAUGUUGACUUUGAUAAUGAAGGAAAUAUGUGAUGUUCUUCAUUACAAAAGUCAAGGUGCGACAAAGGACAAAGGCUGUACUGUGGAUCUUCUAACAAAAUUGGAGAAUGAAAUUGUUUUCACGACAUGGUUGAGCCAUUCUACAGGACUUGAGAAUUGUCUGCCGGAUCAUAAUCUGAACACAUUGCCUUUUGCCUACAGCUUGCUAAAUGAAGAAAUCAGUCAAUUCCACGAUGGUCCGAUUGUCAAUUUGAGUAGCAGUUGCUGUGAAAGUCCUUGUGUCGAAAGAACGGGCCUUGAAGUUUCAUGGUGGUUAGAUAGUAAAAAAGGAAAGGUUGUGUCAUAUGCAAAUCCAAUUGGCGUGGGACUAAUGGGCGAAACUUCUCAAAAAAUCGCAAGAGUGGAAGAGCAAAAUUUACUUUCCGAAGGGGGAAAAGAUAGAUCCUUACGGUAAACCAUGCAUUGGAAUAGAUGUGGAAAAAUCCAUCAAGGAGAAAACUCUACCGCCUAUC